GAUGACGUCAGGCGCCAGGGAGGUUUUAUAAGGGGCAGCGGGGGGAGCGGGGCGGCAGGCGGCUGUGGUAGCUGGAGGGUGUUGGUUUGGCGGUGGCAGCAGCGGCGGCGGCGAGGCGCUGCGCGGCCUGAGCGUUUCGCCAUGACCCGUGGGAACCAGCGUGAACUUGCCCGCCAGAAGAACCUGAAGAAGACUCAGGAGAUCCUCAAAGGGAAGAGAAAAGAGGAUAGCUUGUCUGCCUCUCAGAGAAAACAGAGAGACUCUGAAAUUAUGCAGCAAAAACAAAAAGCAGCUAAUGAAAGGAAGUCUCUGCAGGCAGGAGCAAAAUGAGCUGCCUGUAUGGAGAAGAUAGACUGCCUCGACAAAGCAGAACGGCCUAGAAGAUCAUUCAUAAGUGUCUGGCCAUUAAUAUCUUACGGACUUGUUCAACUAGCAUUAGUUUAUUUUCUAGUUAGAAUAGACUUAGUUGUCUGGAGUGCUAUUCAAAACUGACUAUGCUUUUCUGCAUGCAUAUAAAUAAAAAUACAAAGCAAUAGCUUUACUCCAGCUUUUGCUGCAUUUGUUGGUUUCAUGUAAUGGUUCCAGUAACAAUGAAUUUCUGAAUCUACAGUUAGACCAGAUUUUCUUGUCUUGAUUCAUGAAGCACAGCUUCAUUCAGAAUAGAACACACUUGUAAAACAUGCUUAACCUUACAGAGGUCUGAACUGUAAAUCUCAUUUAAAAUUAUUUUUACAAUAAAAUGUUGCAUGAAA